GACAUAGAAUGAAGUCUAUCUUAAUCACAGGCUGCAACCGCGGACUUGGCCUAGGUUUGGUAAAACACCUGGUAAAAAUGUUGCAACCACCAGAGAAUAUCUUUGCAACUUGCCGAAAUGUGAAUAAAGCAAGGGAAUUGACUCUAUUGGCUGAGAAAUCGGAGAACGUUCAUAUUAUUGAAAUAGAUUUAGCCAAUACAAAAGAUUAUGAUAAAAUAAUAAAAGUCGUGGCCGAAAAGGUAGGCAAUGCAGGAUUAAAUGUUCUAUUUAAUAAUGCCGGAAUCAGUUCAAGAUUUACAAGGCUUGGUCUUGUAAAAGAGAAACAGCUUACAGAAACAUUUUUUGUAAAUACUGUAGCACCAAUUUUGUUAACAAAGGCAAUUUUACCAUUAUUGAAAAUAGCAUCCAAUAACUUUGCAGAUAAAUCAAAAAUGAAUAUUAACAGAGCUGCGGUUAUCAACAUGUCUUCGAUUCUUGGAAGUAUUGCUGACAAUAACGAAGGUGGAUAUUACCCUUAUAGAUGUAGCAAGGCAGCUCUCAAUGCAGCUACAAAGUCAAUGAGCAUUGAUUUAAAAGAGGAUGGAAUCCUCGUUACUUGUUUACAUCCUGGCUGGGUGCGUACAGAUAUGGGAGGAACCAAUGCACCCAUGGAUAUUGAUACUAGUGUUACUAAUAUCUUGAAUACAUUAAAUUUUUUAAAUGAAGAACAUACAGGGUGUUUUAUUCAACAUGAUGGAAAAAUUUUAUCUUGGUUUCUAAACAUUUGAGUUUGAACAAAUGAAAAUGAUUAAGUAAUAAUUUUAUCAAUACAUUUUUAUGCUUUUCUGAAAACUUAUGCAAAUAUAAAUUCAAACAUUCACAAUUGUAUUAUUUUAUUUGUAAGUGUCAAAGCGUAUUUUGUACAUUUCAUGGUGCUAUAACAUAACCUCAAGGAAUGUAAAUUCUAGAAUAUAAAACUGCAAAGAAAUGAUACUUGAAAUAUGUACAAUGAUACUCAAUUAAUGAGUAAUUAUUGAAUAUAUGAUUAUACUUAGACACAUAAAUAUCUUGUAGAUAAUUGUGACAUUAUACAUUUGUAUUUUUGAGAUAUUAUUUUACAGCAAAAACAAAAAUAUCAUUAUCUAUUUUACAUAUCCAAGAUUAUAACAUAUCAAUGUUUGGCAAUCAGUUAUUUGAGAUGUUACAUUGAAAUAAAGGAAAAUCUUAUAUGUAUCUCAUUAAUUAAAUAAUACUGUGAUAAUAUGAAUAUUGUCUAAAAUGUACAAUCCGUUUUGAAAAAUAAUUUUAUACUAUACUCUUAAAUUUCCUUCAAAACAGAUCUUAAAAGGAACUGAACAUUUAAUGCAAAUGUUCGAAUAAAACAUCAUUAACAUUAGCUUCAAAAUUAAGACGCAUUGUUUUAUAACAAAUUCAUGUAUAAAAAAAUAAACUCAUCACAUUUAACUUAAA